AUGGGUUCUUUUCGUGGGCAUGUCCUUCCCGGGACGCUGUUUCUUUCGGUUGGGGUGUGGCACAUGUGGAGCUCUAUAGCCAGAUAUGUAUCGUAUCCUAAAUCUUUUCGGGUCAGGGUGUGGAACCCUGUUCCUGGUUUUGAUGGACGGCUUAAGUACUUGCAGCUUUAUUUCAUAUUAGUUGGAGGUUUCAUAGAUUUGUGUAUUGAGUUUCUAUAUUCGACUCAUCUCCAUAUCUUUGUCCAUGGAAUCUUGAACCCGUCUCACAUGAAUAACUUCGAGCACUCUGGGAUGCUCCUCAUGUGGAUUGGUAAUGUCAAUAGAGUUUAUAUGAUUCUUAUUUUGGAGCAUGUUAUUUCAUACACAUUGCACAAUAGAGUUUAUAUGAUUCUUAUUUUGGAGCAUGUUAUUUCAUACACAUUGCAACUGCAUCUUAUCGUACUUCUUUUGGGUUGUCUCAUGACAUUCUUUAAAGGGUAUUUCUUUGUUCGGAAAAUUAAAUCAUUCAAGGCUUAA